UGGAUACAUCAAAAAGAAAUGGAGGGAGUAGUUAUUACAAUUUUCAGCUGAAAAACCUUUCCUGCAAACCCUAAACCCAGAAUCACCGUUCCAUUUUUCAGCAAUUGUCCAGUAAUCUAAACAAUUUAACAAUGGCGUUUGCUCAGAAUCUCCGUCAAAUCUUCAGCAGAGCUUCAUCUGCUUCCCCAAUUCUUCAAUCGCACCUCAAUUCAAUUCGCCUCAACUCCACGCUCACUUCUCCUAAGCUCUUCGUCAGCGGACUUAGCAGAAUGACUACAGAUGAAAAAUUCACAGAAGCAUUUGCUGCCUUUGGGCAACUUGUCGAAGCAAAAAUUGUUGUAGAUAAACCUACAGGGAAAUCAAAGGGAUUUGGUUUUGUAACAUAUGCCACUGUAAAAGAAGCCGAGAAAGCACGUGCAGAAAUGAACGCUAAGUUCUUGGAUGGAUGGGUUAUCUUUGUCGAUCCUGCCAAGCCAAGGGAGUCUAGACCGCCUCAACAUGAGUCACGGGCCACACAGCCUCAACAAAGUGGUUUUUCUGUAAACAAGACUGUCGGAUAUUACAGGCAAUAGAAGUCUACUUAUUAUUACAAUCAGAAUUUAUUACAAUGGAUCAUUAAUUCCUGCUAGCAUCUGUAGGUGGAGACAUUUCAGGGCCUCCUUAAGAAAAGGAAAAUCGCCUGCCCUUUUUCUUCCGCCUUCUCUUCGCUCUGGAAAAUCGCCUACUGAUGGUGACAAUUGAUAGUAAGAAAAAAAAUAGCAGAGCUUAAUCAGGCACGGCCCUAGGGGGUAGGCGAGGGGUGCGACCGCCUAGGGCCCAAGGCGAAAAGGGGCCCAAAAUAAUUGUCUAUCCAUUAAUUUAGUACUAGUAAUAAACAACGCAUUAAAUACACAUGUUAUUUCCUUGGCACAUUGGUAGAAAGUAGAUUCUAAAGUUUUGAUAUCUACUAGAGGUCUAGGGUUCGACUCAGUUUAUGUACGUAGUAUUUGACUUUUAGUACUCAUUUCUAAUUGAUAUAACUAUAUGUGAGCAACAAAAUGCUUAUUUGA